ACUGGAUGUGGCUGUACGUGUUAUCUUUCCAGGAUUGCCUGAAACCGAUGGAAGCUUUCUAAAGAAAUAAUUUAAAAAAGCAUUUUCUAUCUAUAUUUCUAUCUAUAUCUAUUUUGUUUGUAUAUUCGAUUGUGUGGCAGGCGUGUCGGUUGGUAUUUCGGGAGAGAAUGCUGGUGGCAGCACCAUGUGCACCAGGGGUCAGAUCAUCGCCAGUCUCUUCGUGCUUUCUGCUAUGGAAGUAGGCUUCGGGGUCACCAGCGUGGUUUUGGGGGCAGUCAGCAUCGCCAAGAGCCGGGCUCGCCAGCCCCAGCUCGGGGACUCUUCACCGGUAUGGAGCGGUGUUUGUUUUUUAAUGUGUGGAAUUUGUGGAAUUGUCUGCGCCAAGAAGAAAUCUGGUCGGAUAAUGAUAUUAUUUUCUGCCUGUUGUAUCUGUGGAUUGAUCGGAGGAAUAUUAAAUUUUCAGUUUCUGCGAGCAGUAGCAAAAAGGACAAAAUUUACUUACCCCAUUCACCUCGUUUCCAUGUCAAUGGCAUGCCUGGGCAUUGCGGGAUGCACCCUGUCUGCCUGGCUCACUUGUCGUCUGGCCAGCAACGAGCAACAGAGGAUGUUCUUGGAAAGAGACCACUCGCUGCAUCACUCCCAUGAAAUGACAGAAAAAGACAUCCCAGAUAACCUAGGCAACGGAAUGCCACAAAUUGUGCAGAAUGGGAGACCAACUUGAUCAAAAUAAUACAUCACAGUAAAAGACCUUUACAACAACUUAAUUCUGCAUGAGGAAUGUGAUAUUUUUUGCAUAUCCUGUAUUAAUACUGAAAUGUGGAGUUCUGAUUUGCCCAAAACUAACUGAUGAACAUUCGCCACUACUUGUUGCAAUAGAAAGACAUUACAUGCAUAAGGAGGCUAUUCAGGGACAUUAAGCACCGAGCUUUCAGGAGAACAUUUAGAAGAUCCACAAACAGCUAGACAUGCCUCAAUUACAAAAUACUUAUUGAAAAUUCAAAGACUAAAGAUUUAAGAUACAUUAUUAAAGGGACUUUCCAAGAAGCAUGCAAGAAUCAAUUACCUUAGCUUUAAAAGAGAGCACUUGAAUAGAAGAAUCAUUAAUUUUCAGAAAUGCGUUUUUUGGAAUGCAAAUUAUAUAAAAACAAAAUCAACCUCCAUAUUACUUUAUUUAUGCUGAAUGCACUAAAGAUAUGUACAAAACAAAUAAGAGAUGUACAAUUUAGCUAUUUGGUGUUUAAUU